GGCGGUCCUUCACCCCGAAGCCUGGAGGCCUAGCCUCGUGCCUUUGCUUUCAGAGGCCUCGAGUCUCGCUGAGCCCAGGGAUGUAGAGACUCGAGCGGCGAAGGAGCCCGGAACGAUUCUUUCGCGGAACCAUUGCUGCGAGGCCCCUAGGAGCGCGCGCGGGGACGGACCGCGCCAGGCCGGGCCAGACGGGCAGGGAUGGCGGCGGCAGCGACUGCGGGGGCCGACGCGGGGCCGGGGGUCGCGGUCCCCCUAGACCUACGGCGCGAGCGGCGCAUGGUGUGCGUGGAGUAUCCAGGCGUGGUGCGCGACGUGUCCAAGAUGCUGCAGACUCUGGGCGGCGAAGAGGGCGUUUCCCGGAUCUACGCAGACCCCACCAAGAGGCUGGAGCUGUACUUCCGGCCCAAGGACCCUUACUGCCACCCUGUGUGUGCCAACCGCUUCAGUACCAGCAGCCUGCUGCUCCGGAUCAGGAGGAAGACCAGGCGGCCAAGGGAGGCGCCGGGGCCCGAGGCCCACCCUGAGGUCACAUUUGACAUAGAGACACUUGGCAUCGUCUCCACUGUUUACAAGUUUCAAGGAAUGUCCGACUUCCAGUACUUGGCGGUGCACACGGAGGCCGGCGGCAGGCACAUGUCCAUGUACGACAAAGUGCUCAUGCUCAGGCCUGAGAAGGAGAGCUUCUUCCACCAGGAGCUGCCGCUCUACAUCCCCCCACCCAUCUUCUCUCGGCUGGACACCCCAGUGGACUAUUUCUAUCGACCAGAGACGCAGCACCGGGAAGGCUACAACAACCCCCCUGUCUCAGGCGAGAACCUGAUUGGCCUGAGCAGGGCCCGGCGCCCCCACAACGCCAUCUUUGUCAACUUUGAGGAGGACGAGGUGCCCACGCAGCCGCUGGAGGCUGCAGUCCAGACAUGGAGGAAAAUCUCCACCAACCCCAUGGACCGGAAGGUGGAGGAGGAGCUGAGGAAGCUGUUUGAAAUCCGUCCCAUCUGGUCACGAAACGCCGUCAAGGCCAACAUCAGCAUCCACCCUGACAAGCUUAAGGUCUUGCUGCCCUUCAUGGCCUAUUACAUGAUAACAGGUCCCUGGAGAAGCCUGUGGAUCCGAUAUGGGUAUGAUCCCCGAAAAAACCCAGACGCCAAGAUUUAUCAAGUCCUUGAUUUCCGAAUCCGUUGUGGAAUGAAAUAUGGUUACGCCCCAAGUGACAUGCCUGUCAAGGCCAAGCGUAGCACCUAUAACUACAGCCUCCCCAUCACCGUCAAGAAGAUGCGUAAGUGCCUCUGCGCGCCCUGUGGGCCACGGCUGAUUUGCCCUCACAGAGACGCCGAGGAAGCCAGCCCGCUCGUCACCAUGCAUGACCUGAAGCAGGGCCUGGGCCCAUCGGGGAUGGCCAGCACACGGAAAUCGACCUCCAACAAGUACAAGCUCAAGGACUCGGUCUACGUCUUCCGGGAGGGGGCCUUGCCGCCCUAUCGACAGAUGUUCUACCAGUUAUGUGAUUUGAACGUGGAAGAGUUGCAGAGGAUCAUUCACCGCAAUGAUGGGGCCGAGAACUGCUGCACCGAGCGAGAUGGCUGGUGCCUCCCCAAGACCAGUGAUGACCUGAGGGACACGAUGUCCCUCAUGAUCCGGCAGACCAUCCGCUCCAAGAGGCCUGCUCUCUUCUCCAGCCCGGCCAAGGCCGACAGGGGGAAAGAGCCCCUGACGUUCGAGUCCGGGGAAGACGAGGAGGACGAGGAAGAGGAGGAGGACGACUUCAAGCCAUCUGAUGGCAGUGACAACGAGAUGGAGACAGAGAUUCUGGACUAUGUGUGACACAGCCCUACACGCAAGGCUGGGCCUCCUUGAUCAUGCAAGACUGAUGACGGAGCCGGGACAAGCCGUGGCUCCCCAGUGCUGCCCACAGGAACCAGAGCAGCCCUAGGAGCCCCACCAGAGGAAAGCUGGGGUCCUGGCACCGGGCGCUGCCGACCCUGGUCCUACCUGUCUGCCUGUGACAUCUGCUGCGUGGGGCUGCCCUCUGCCCCGGGUGCUUGGGGACGUCCCCAGAGGGUGUGACCUGGCUUUAUGCAGCCGUGAGCCAGCCCAGGGUCCAGCAGCUGAGCCGGUGCCCAGCACACCUCUCUGGCUGAGAACAGAAGCUGGGGGUGGAGAUGAUGCGGCCAUGGGAAGGGCGGUCCCGCCUUGGAGCUGAUGACUGGUGACCAGCAAGGAAGCUGGGCCGUGGUCACAGAUGGGUGAAGACUGUCCUUGGGUUUGGAUCCCAUCCAUUUAGGACCUAGCUGGAGUUGUUCUUAUCAAAUACACUUUCCCAAGUAGAAA